UUCUCUGAAAGGUAUCAGUAACUUCUGAAGCUUUCCAGUGCUCAAACAUAUCAAGUUAAACUUGUACCAAACAAUAAAACAUCAAAAUCCGUCAAAAUGUUCAAAUUGUUCUUUGUGUCUUGCAUCUUGAGCGUUGCCGUUGCUGCACCAGCUCCAGGAGUUCUUGUUCAUUCAGCUCCAGUUGUUCAUGCUGCACCACUUGUUGCCCACCCAGUGGCUGUGGCCCAUCACCCAGUCGCCGUUAGCCAUUCGUCAUCGCACGUUGUCCACCACUCAGCCCCAGUAGCUAAAAUUAUUGCCACUCCAGUUGUCGCUCAUCAUGUAGCACCAGUCGUUGCACACCAUCAUGUUGUGUCAGCUCCUCUAGUCAAAACCGCUGUUGUCUCGCACCCAAUUGUGCAUCACAGCCCAAUCAUCCAUCACAGCCCAAUUGUCCAUCACAGCCCUGUCAUUGCUGUUCAUCAUUAAAUAAGCACCCGCUUUUGGAACGAAUCGCAUAACCUUAAAACAUUUCGUUGUACAAACAAAAUUUGACUAUAUCUUAGCUCGUUCGACUUGUCAGAGCCAAUAAAGAAAACUGUUUUUUAUCGAAAAAAAA